GGAGCGAGGAUCGCAAAUCGAGGCACGUACUACAAUUACACAGCAAUGGAUUCUUAUAUGAAAUGACCUCGAGUACGGCAUCAGCUUUGGAUCAAUCCAACUAUCUUCUUCCUCUUGUCUCUUUUGACCAAAAGCAGUGACUCAAAAUCACUAUGGCUGCUCCCAGCGACUCCAAGACGCCUAUCGACAAUCCUGCCCGGGUUGAUUCUCACGAUCAUGUUGAAACUGCACUCAAGCAUGAUGACCUUGCUGCUGAGGCCGUCGCACAGGGUCAGGCCCUCUCAGGUUAUGAGAAUCUGACAUUCUGGGAGACUGUUCGAACCUUCAAGAUGGCAUCACUCGUCUGCCUGCUCUCUGCCUUUAGCGCUGGAGCCGAUGGUUACCAAAUUGCUAUGCAAGCAAGCAUUAUUGCCAACAAAGGCUUUGUCCAGCAAUUUGCCACAGCGGUCAACGAAGAGGGCGAGAAAUUCCUCGCAUCCAAUAUCAUCGCUACUUGGAGUGCUGGCCAGAACGUGGGCCAGGUCCUCGGUCAGAUCGGAAUCUCCUUUGUAGUUGCACGAUUCGGUCGCAAGAUUGCCAUGUAUACUCUCUGGAUCAUCCUCAUGAGCAGCGUCUUGGCUGAAUCCCUUGCGCGAAGCUGGCCGGUCUGGUUUGGUGCCAAGAUGCUUGCUGGUACUGGCGUAGGUUGCCUCCAGGCUACGCUGCUGGGUUACAUUACAGAAGUCAGCCCAACUAGGAUUCGUGGCGGCAUGUUGAUGCUUUACAGCUUUUGGUGGACUCUGGGUUCCUUCUGUACCCAUGUGGCUCUCCAGAGACUGAACAAGAACGAUCCCUUCAACUGGCUUACACCUGUAUAUACCCAGUGGGGACACAUCGGAGUCAUGGCCAUCAUCUACGUCUUGCUUCCCGAAUCGCCUUCCUGGUGUGUUACUGUCGGAAAAGAAGAGAGGGCCAAGAAGAGUAUUAGGUUUCUCUACCGUGGAGUCAAGGACUUUGAUGUCGAUCGCCACUAUGAACUCCUCGCCCUGAAUGUCGAGCACGAAAAGGCUUUGGCGGCCGAGCAACGAAACGAAAGCUGGCUGGCUAUCUUCAAGGGCAUCGACGGCCGCCGUACCAUCACCGCCAUGUGGACCAUUGUUGCGCAGCAGUUCCUAGGUCUUGCCCUCUUUGGCAGCUUUGGUACAUACUUCUUCCAGCAGGCUGGCCUGGCCGACCCCUUCAAGAUCAAAGCCAUCACUACGUCUCUGCAGAUAAUCGUCGUUAUCCUAGCUGUCUUUGGAGUCGAUAGAUUCGGUCGUCGCCGCAUGGCCUGCUGCGCAACGUCCUUGAUGUGGAUCUCUUGCCUGAUCGUUGGUAUUAUAGGAGUUGCUCCCCAAAGUAAUGCAAGCACCUAUGUGUUUGUUUUGUUUGCGUGCUUCUGGAACAUUGGUAUCUCGGCCAAUGGAGCUGCGGGCUGGGGCUACAUUGGUGAAAUAUCCUCGCAACGACUUCGACCCUAUACGUCUGGCUUCGCAGCCUCUGCCAACUCCAUCAGUGGCCUCGUUAUGUCUGUUCUUACGCCGUAUAUGGUCAAUGCCAAUAAGUGGGAUUGGAAGCUCAAAACUGGCUUUUUCUAUGCUGGCGUUGGUUUACCAUGGGUCAUUGGUACAUGGCUCUUGGUCCCCGAGACUGCUCGGCGAUCACCUGCCGAGCUUGACGAACUCUUUGAGCGUAAGAUCAAGGCUUGGAGAUUCCAUACUACUGAGACUGCUACACAGCGUCUAAUGCAAAGUGAGAAUGCGGAAGCUGCUAAGAAGUGAUUGGUAUUAAAUACUGUGGGCUGAAGAGUAUAGAGACAUCUAUAAUUAGGGACACCUAAGAUUAAGGGUUAAGGUUAAGCUUUACAUAUGUUAGUAAAU